UAGAUGAAAGUAUAAAAAAAAGUUAAAUCUAAUUUCAGCUUAUUUAGAACAAUGAAACAAACAUUGUCUAAUUGAGAGGAAUAAUGCAAUCCAAUAGCAAUAAUCUUGGUUUAUAAAAUCUUGAAACGUAUCUAAAAAUUCUCUCGCUUUGGGCGACGGCGACGGCGAUGGCGAAAAACUAGGGUUAAGAUGUUUCGACAAGGAUGGGAUCCUGGGGAGCAAAUGGUCUCAGGGGAUAAAGGAAGAGUAGAUCUUCAUUAUUACGAUGUUUCGACAAGGAUGGGAUCCGAAAUUGGCGAACGGAAGCAAAGAUCUCCGAAGAAAGUUCAGGAAAUUUGGAAAGUCUGAGUGGUCAAGGCAAAUAGAAUCGGAGAAAUCUUUGGUUUUAUUCCGGAUUGGAGAGUUUUCUUCAAUCUUCUUUCAAUCACUCGAUCUUGAUGGGACAACUUAUUGAGAACUCGAGGAGUGUGGAAGGAAACAAUAAAAGGUUGAAUAUCUCGGUGCCUCAUUUUGACAACUCGGCGUUGAUUCAAGGGUACGCAAAGACUUUGGUGGGCCGAUGUAUGAAUCCUGAUGAGCAAGACGUUGAAGGCUUUGGUGGUUACUUUGCCGAAAAUUUGGAAAUUGGAAACCCGGGUCACAGGGGACAGAUCUGGGUUUGGGAAGGUUUCAGUUCGACUUUGAGAAAGAUGAAGACAUUGAGGCCGUUCUGAGGAUGCAGCCUUUUCAUUUUGACUACUGGAUGCUCUCACUGGUCCGUUGGCAACCGAGGAAGGAGCGUAACUACCCUUCGGAGAUUACAUUUUGGGUUAAAGUCCUAGGUGUUCCUCUCGAAUUUUGGGCUGCUCAGACGUUCGAGAGCAUUGGUGAGGCUCUCGGGGAGUGGCUGGAAGUGGAUAUGGAUCAUGGGAGGAUCAAAGUGAAGCUUGACGGCUACAAGGAGUUACGGUUUGAGAUCACUGUUGAUUUCAAGGGUGGAGAGUUUCAUGAUGGGGAAGAGGCUUUGAUUUCACUCAGGUAUGAGAAGCUGUUUGGCUACUGCCACAUCUGCUUUAGUCUUUGCCAUAAGACGGAGUUGUGCCUGUUGAAUCCAAAGAGUUUGGAAAGAAAGAAAGAGAGCAGAGAUGCGAUCUCGGGUAAACAGGGUGAUCGAGCAAGGAGCUAUAAGGGAGUGGUGAUAAAUGGCAACUCUGGUUAUCAUGAUAAGGAAAAGGAACACAUAGACUAUGUCGGGAAGGGGAAGGGCAAGAUGUAUGAAGAGCCGGAAUCAAAAUGGGUUAAGGUACCUGAGAGAGACAAUACAAGAACUUCUAACAAUCGCUAUAGUGGCAGAGGGGAUGAAGGAGGCUCUCGCAAUAGAAAUCUCAUCUGGGAAACAGUUAGAAAUCAUCAUCCAGAGGAACGUGGCAGAGCAUCUCGCUGUAAGAACACUCCGGCUCUGGUAGGUACUCUAAAGGUAUCUGUCGCUUCUGAGAAUGUGGAGAAAGCUGUAGCGUUAGUUAAUGAUACAGUGGGACAUAGGAAUCAAAAGCUAGAUGAGGAUGUAAUGGAUUUUGAUGAACAUGGGGUUGACGUAGAGGGACAAGAUGAGGUUCUCUGUGAUGCUGGACGGGUUGAAGAAACUGAGGAAGAGAUCGAGGAAACUGAUACCUUUCCUGAGGAUCUGAAUGCGAUCACAUAGCUCGAAUCUCUGACAGAGGAGAUGGGAGAUAAGGCGCUCGCAGUUGGGGAGGGAUUGGGUGAUGGCACAAAGAAGAAGGGAGUUCGCAAGGCGCUGUUCAAUCAGACAAUCAUGAAUGGUGGGAAUCCUGAGAAGAAGUUUUUUCAGGCAGUCAUUUCAACCCGUAAGCAAGCUCCAGCUAAGGCAGGUACCCGUCAGGGCGGUGGCUCCAAGCAAUCAGAGGAUAAGGGUCCCUCAAACCCUGAUCCCAGCUCUUCAAAACCUUAAGAAUUAUGAAUUGUCUCCGCUUUGAAGAUCUGUGGUCCGAGUAUGUGGUUGGUCUUCGUGUGUUUCUUUUUUAUCGUUUAAUAAGCUCUUUGAGCAUCUAUUUGUGUUUCUCCUUUGAGUUUUAUUGCCAAUAUGUUGGCUUUUGUUUUAUUGCAAGUUGUUGUCUUAAGGCUAUUUGGAAUAAAACUGGUUUACUUGGUGUUUGCUUCUA